AUGGAAAACGAGAUGAACGACGGCGCCAUUUCGUGCGCAUGUGAGCGCUCGCCCCCAGGCCUGCUCAACCUGGGGAAGACCUGCAGCUUCAACGUGCUUCUGCAAGCCCUCGCGUCGACACGGACUUUCUCCAGUCUAUACGGCGCGCUCUGGCAAGAACAGCAGCGCAGCGGCAGUCCAUCGGCGUCGCACCUUGAAGAGCUCGUGGCCAGGCAACAGGCGCUGCUGCAGCAGCCGUCCGCGGAGGAAUCCGAAGGACGGCGAGGCAUAGGUAGAAGGAGGAGCGCAAGCGCUGGCGGGUCUCCGAAGGGUGGCGCGUUGCGAAGAUGGGGACGGAGGACGGCAGUGGCAGACGAGGCGGCGGCUGUCGGCAGAGCGGCCGCGCCUGCACUCAGCGCUGCGAGGACACCUCUCAACUACUACAUGGCUGAGAUUUUAGGGCGCAUGCGAGCGUCGGGCGACAGGACUUCGCCGCUCCAGGAGGGAGCGGCCUUCGCCUCGCCCGCGCCUUCAUGCGUCUCUGUGACCAAAUCCGAGGAGAGAGAGAAGGAAGCGCCGGCGGCGGGAGCAACUAGCAGCAAGCCUUCUGUUGGAGGGGAGGAAGAGGGCGCCGCGAGUCACGAGUGCGCCGAGGAGAAGCACCUAAUGCGCCGGCAGAGACGUAUACAGAGACAGCUGCAGACAAAGCGCUGGUGGAUCAAGCAAGAGCGCGAGGUUCUUUCCCCCUUCGACUUUGUCGCCCAGAUGCGCAUGCUCAACAUCGAUUUUGAACAAGACGUCGAACUGGACGUCGAAGAAGUGUGGAGGUUUUUAAUCGACCAAGUCUUCACGGAGGUGCAGCGUGAGCAGCAGGAUUCGCCUCGGUCGUCAAGCAGCUGCGCGUUUUUCCCUUCCAUCCGCGCCUCUCUCUCGCCGGUCCGGGCAGCCUCGCCCGGUGCCGCCGCCUCGCCCGGUGCCGUCGCCUCGCCCGGUGCCGUCGCCUCGCCCGUUGCCGUCGCCUCGCCCGUUGCCGUCGCCUCGCCUCUGCCUGUAGACACCUCUUCGCCGAGCAAGGAUGAGGAGCUGGCGCCGGCAGCUGCGGCUGCUGAGGCAGUUAUGUCUGCCCACUCUCUCGCGCCUGUGUGGGAGACGUCGUCGCCGCGCAACAACUUCUUUCCCAGUCCCUCUUCGCCCACGCAGGCCGAUGAGAAGGCCGAUGACGAGGCGGCGCGAUCAGCGUCUCUGCUGGCGUCUACUGCAAGAUCUCGCCAGUCUCCUGCGCGCCGCGCGACCAGCAGCGGUCGCCGCACCACCGACCGGUCAUGUUCGCCCUGCGUCUCCUCCGCUUCGCUCUCGGUAUCCUCCCGAGGCCUUGGGCUGGCGCCCAGAAGCUGUGCGUCGUUUCCUCGUAGCAGCGAAGAUGGGCGAACGCCCUCGCAUGCCUCUAGCGACGGCCAGGGGGGCGGAGGUCCUGCGUGUCUGUUUCAGACGGGGUCUCUACCCGCGCUGUCUGCGCGCUCCAGCGGCUCUCUCCUCCUCUCCGCCCCGGCUCUGGGUCCGUGCACGUCUUCCCCUUCUCACAGCAUACGACGCGGAGGCGCGAGCGACCCUGCGUCACGGCGUGCAGUGGACGCGGCUUCCCUCGUGGGUGGGUACAGCGUCUCCUCCUCCAGGGGCCCUACGCUCCAUAUGUCUCCCCCUUCGAGGAAGGUGAGCGACGAGAAGGGGGCUCUCAGCGAGAGUUGUGAUCGAAGGCGGAAGACGCGAGAAGGCCUCGGAAGCUCGCCUGCCUCCAAGCGCUCUUCGGCGUGUCUGCAGGAAGUGGCAAGUCUGUGGAGGGAGGCGGAGGCUGGGAAAAAGGACGGUCCCGGGGUGCUGUUCGCCACGCCUUCCGCGUCCCUGAGGCGGAGGGCAGACGAGAGACAAAGAGGCGGGACGGUGUCCCAACCGUCGUCCUCGCCCGUCUCCAUGUUGUCGCGGUUCACCUCCCCGUUCUUUCUGGCAAGGUCUCAGGGCCACUCGCCCCGGCGGCGGGACGAAGAAGGGCAUUUGGCGUUCCAAUCACUGCUCGAAGAAGAUUUACGCUUUGCUGUCGCGGCGCCUAAAAGCGCCGACGCGAUGGCGAUGGGGUUGCCAACGGGCCGCCGCAGCUCGCAGGCGCCUCCGCGUGUUCCCUCUCAUGGUUCCUCUUCUGGAGUGCAGCCUGACCUCACAAGCCGGUCGCUUCACCCCUGCGGUGGAGGCCACAGCUUCCUCACGCCGCGUGACGAGACUGCGCCUUGCCUGGCGUCUGCACCGACCUUCGCGGACGAUAGUCCGCACGCCGGUGACCCUUCCUCACGAGUCUGUGCCGGCGUAAAGUCGGAGUCGGCGCUUCCGGACUCUGCCGCGGCCGCACCGGAAGCCAAGGCUAUCGCGGAACCGAACGAAGUCAAGAGCGAAGUGGAGAACGGCGAGGAUACUGACAGGAAAUUGGCUGCGCUUGCGCGCAAGCAAAGCAUCAAGCUGCUUCUUCGCAAACUCGAGCAAGCGGUCUUGGGGCGCCUCGUCCAUGUGCCUGUCCCCUGCGGAUGCUGCUGCCAGUGUGGCGCCGAGAAAGCCACUGCGGCGACCCGCAGGCCUCAGGGCUCCAGGCGCGCGCGUGAGGAACGGUCUACUAGUCCAGAAGGUAGGAGGACGAGGAGGAACCUUUCGUCGCCCCGGAAGGGGGAACGGCGGUUGACUGGACCAAGAGAUGGAGGCGAAAAUCUUUCUCCGGCUGAAAAGGUGCAAAGGCAUGAGACUGGCGCCGUGGAUAGUGCUCGCUCGCGGUCUGCAUCUCGCCGCGCGUCGCCCCGUUCCAGUCCCACGUUCCUCGAAUCUGCGCGCCGCGCACCGGGCGGCGCCUGUCUCUCUCUCUGCGGAGGGGAUUCGCGGAGCGCAGGGUCGGCGAGUUCUCGCUUGGCCUCCCCCAGGGCCUCCGCGGUGGACUCGCCUCCCGUUCCAGGGGGUCGCGCCUCCAGAGAAUCAGGUCGAGACAGCAGCGUGAAGAGCCCGCAUCCCCGUCAGGUCAACGCGUCCUCGGAUCUGCCAGUUGUUUCUGCAGGUUCCGUGUUUGCCUCUCCGUUUGUCUCUGCUUCGCCCUCUGUUUUUUCGUCGAGCUUCGGCAGCUCCGUGUGUGGCCGGUUCCCCACGCUGCGCUCUCCGGGUCUGUCGAGUCCGCCGGUACCGUGUGGAACAGAGGGCGCGGAGGACGUGCACGGGGACCAGGGCGAUGGCGUGCGCGCCGGGGGACACAACGCGCUCGCGUCCCUCGUGUCUGAAGAAGUCUUCUGCGGCGUCCUUCCCCUUCGCUUGCCGGAACGCAGCCGCUGGCAGUCGAGCAGGACACGAAUCAACUCCAGCAGCGCCUCCCUCUCCUCUUUGUCGUCUCCCUGCCGCGCGGCCGCCGCACCCUCGCGCGCUCGUGCACCGUCCGCCGCCGCCGCGGCCGCCUCGACGAGUGAGGCCUCUGGUCGCAAACUGAGGGCAGUCUCCGCGUCGCAGCAGCCCAUCACGCUGGACGAGUGUGUCUCUCUGGCCUUCCAGCACACGUGUGCAGGCCCGUCGCCGACCACGCCCGAUGCCGGCGCCGCGGCGCGGCGCGUGAGGAAACCCGAGGGCGCUGCGAAGCUUCGCCGGCGCGGCGGCCGCAGACCCAAACGGAGGAGAGGCGCGGCCGCCGCGAAUCAGGACAAGCAGGAGAUCGCCUCCAAAGUCGGGAGCGAAGAUGGCAACGAGCCUUCUUGCUCUCCAGACGACUCUGCUGCAGGAAGCCAAGAGGUGGCAGUCCGGUCCUCCUCCAAGUUCUGCGACAGGUGCGGCAAGCUGCGGGCGCCUCGGCGGAGCUUUUCAGUCGAGGCGUCCCCGCGGUCGGCGCGAGCGCCUGAGAACGCGGCGGAGAACAACUCUGGAGGCGCCGCAGGAGAGCGCGGCAGACGCAACAGUCGAACUCCGUCGGUUUCCCCACGUAGGUGUAUGCCAGCAACCGACGAGCGGCCUCUCAGUGAAGAAUCAAGCCCCGCCGGCGCGUCUACUCCGCAUUCGUGGCGGCGGAAGCGCCAGCGAGAAGUGUCUGCGUCUCCACCACCUACAGCCAGGCUCGUGUGCCAGCGAUGCAAGCAAGUUCACACGCGCACGUUCCUUAAGACGCUACCCGAAAUCCUCGUCCUCCAGCUUCCGCGCAGCAGCAUCACGCCUCCUGGGACCUUCGGAAGCGGUGCGCUCAAGGCAUUGGCCGCGGCGGCGGCUGGCGGCGGAUUCAAAAUCAAAGCCCACGUCGACUUCCCGCAGCGACUCGGGGCGGUGAUCAAGCCUCAUUGCGUCGCUUCGCCUGCCUUCAACGGCGCGUGCGACGAGCUGCUCCACCCCGGCGGCGGGAGCGCGGCGGGGGGCGGCGGCUCCGCGGACGAGGCUGGAGAUCCGCUUGGGACUGAGGCGGCCUUUCAGUGCAGGAAGCGACGGAGGCUCGAGGCGUCUGUCGCGAAAGAGGAAGCGUUCAGCCAGACGGGCCGCGCUCAGCAAGGGGCCCAGAGACAGCGCCGGGGUCGAACCAGCGCCUCGCCUUAUCCGUCUCCUUGUCUUGCGUCUGCGGCAGACACGACAACAGUCGCUGCACCAGGAGACGCGGAGAAGGAAAGCCUUGGAGGCCUUCCAGACACGCUCCAGAGAGCCGGCGACGUAGGCGAGUACGUUCUCCGCGCGGUGAUCGAACACCAAGGACGCAGCGGCGUGGGCGGGCACUACGUCUGCUUCCGCCGAGGUGCGCCCUGCGACGACUUGGAUGGAGGAGGUGCCGCCUCGGAGGACGCGCACAGAAGCGGCCGAGGCGAGAAGAGCGAAGAUCGACCCUUUGCGUUCCCGCUAACGGGAGAAAGAGGCACGUGGAGCAUGUCGCAGCAGGAAGUCGACCGUAUUUUCGAAGAGGAAGGCGUGGUGGCUUUCGACCAGACGAAGCCGCAGCCCAUUCUGAUCGAAGAUCCCGAGGAAGACUCUACACCCGGGGAGGAGGAAGAGGACGAAGGCACGUGGUGGGAAGUGAACGACGCGGAAGUCACGAGAACGACCUGGGACCGCGUUCGGCAGAGUCAGGCGUACAUUUUGCUCUAUGAGCGGCGGCGGCCGGCAGACGUGUGCCGCUUGCGGCGUGUCCCGGACCCCGGAGCGGUCGCGUCUCGUGACAGUGCAGCAGCCUCCGCGCCCUCCGGCGUGUCUAGCCGGCCUCCUGCCUCGAGUGGAGUCGCCGGGGCUCCACAGCGUGGCGGGCGAUCCGCGAAGCGGACGCGCGCAGGCGCCUCCGAGCACGCCGCUGGGGAGUCUGCGCUCGCUUCCGCCGCCGGCUUGGAUCAGGGCGAGCGCGCGGGGCGCGCCUGCAAGCGCCCACGCACGAAACCCGCCAAGGAGGAGAUGGCUUUCGCCGCCGUCACCGACACGCAGCAUAAAGGCCACAGUGUCGCAUGUGCGGCGGCAGAGCCAGCACCCGCCCGAGACCUCAAAGCCCGCACGGCGUGGGGCUACAGCAGCGGGCCCCGGCGGUCGCGGGUCUCCAAGGAGGCUGGUGGAGGGACGCCCCCGCGGGCAAGCGAGGGCUGCUGGGCUCCAGCAGGGAGCAGCGCGAGCCGGAGGCGGUCGCGGUUGCAGCAAGGGCGAGUGGACGAAGCUGACGCUCACCCCGCGUGGCGCGGGAAAGCGUGCGAAGAAGAGAAACCCGGGACUGCGUGGGGAGCAGAGACAAAUCCAGGAGGCGGCUCAGGCGUCCAGGAAGGCGGGGGACACUUGCAAGUGAGGGAAGUCUAUUCUGCCUCAGAGUUUCUGGAUGACUCUGAUGUUGACGACAGCAUCAAGACUUUCGCGGGUGCAACAGACGAAGAUGCCUCCAGCCGGCCAGGCAGGGCGCCGAUAGGAAAACUCAACGAGAGCCGGCGAGCGCGGCGUCUUCGGCGGAUCAUCAUGGACUAG